UGCGCGGCCCGGCUCUAGGCGUCUGCCCUCAUGCUUUCUCUCCCCGUCUCCUUUAUCAAAGCCACGCCGAGUUCAGCGAAGGCCACUACAAUCUGUCUCCACCCAUUCGUAGGACUCAACAACAGCCGUCGCAACCGCUAAUGUGGCGACAACACGUCGAAUUGUUUCUGGUCAACUACUACUUGUCGUUAUCUUCAGUCUGCGCUCUGCAUGUUUGUAGUAGCGUGUUGUUCAGCACCGCCUCUCAUGUUUCCUCCUGAAUCGCCCUGGACCGUCGGACAGAGCGCUGCGAGUUGCGAAGAGCUUCUGCAGUCGUAGCCUUCAGCGGGUCUUCCGUGAUACCGGUCAUUUACGCCACUCGCUACGACGCCAGCGGGGUGCAGCAAGGAGAAUUUUCUUAUUUUCGCAGCAGAGUAGAGCUAUCUGUUCUACAGACGGCGAAGCAAUAUGAGCAGUAUCGAAGGCAUUGAGCCGACUGGUUCCAGCUCGCUACCGGAGCCCGUCGUAGAGGGCCAGUGCGACGACCCAGCACCGCUAAAAAACACCUCUCGCCCGUCAACGGCACCAGAGGAGAGUGCUACGACGACGCCAACGAACCCGCUACCGCCGUGUCCGAGGGCUAUCCGCCUCAAGCUGCGCAUUGACGAGCAAGCUAUCGGACCGCUGUACGGUGAGGUAGUGAGCUUCGACAAGACAACGAAGGUCGGUCACGUUCGUCGUGUUGACACCAACACGAAUGUCUUCGUCCCGCAGAGUGCCAUCCAUAAGAGGCACAUGGCCAUGCUGGCGGUCGGAGAGAAGGUGGCCCUGUGGAUAAAGGGGGACUUCCCCCACCAGCAUGCCGCCAAGGUCACGUCGACAGACUACAGCGAGGUGACGGGACAUGUACUGGAGCAAGACGGUGCAGAGAAGAGCGCUGGCAGUGCCGGCGGAGGCGGCGGAACGGACGACAGCAAAUCCACCGUUGACCUGGUCACCAAGUGGGCAGAUUCAAACCUGGCGUCGCGGCGCGUGCAAUCUCGUCGCCAUGGCAGCAGCAAUGCCGACGGCAGCAGAAAACCCGGCGAUGGGGCCGAUGGGAAUGGUGCAAGCCUGGAUGAGUCCAGCGACGAACCACCAGUGGAGUACGUCAAGGUAGCCGUCAACUACAAACGAAAGUUUGACGAUAAGACCGAGCUGCUUCUCAAUUGGAAGCAGGAGAAUGGCGCGGAGAGCAACGGCGAUUCCCGCCAUCAUCACCAUCACAACGGUAAUGGUGGUGGGCGUAGGAAUGGUCGCCAUGGAAACCACCGUUCUCGUCACCAUGGUAACUAUAAUGGCGGAGAUCACAGACGCGGCGUUCUUGGUGCAGCACAGCGGCAGCAGCAGUCCGGCCACGCACCGCCGUCAGGACAGUGCCCGCUAGGCGUGCUCUCACCGCCGGGCGUAUGUGACGGCAGUGAGGCGUACGUGAUGACAACCCUGUCCAGCUCACUACCCAUGGACAACAACGGCGCUGCUGCUGCAGCAGGUGCGGUCUCCAUGAUACCACCACCACCACCACCACAGCUGCCACCAACACUUCUACCUCCUGCGGCUGUGACAGCAGCAGGACCACAAUUCAUGGCCAAUGGACAGCCGGUGUACGCCGUUCAGAAUGGAAACGGUGAGCUUGUGUACACAUUGUUGCCAGCCGGGGAGGCGCCACAGCAGCCACAGCAGCCACAGCAGCCACAGCAGCAGCAAUCUGUAGUGUUUGUGGAUGCUAACGGUAUGCCAGUGGACUAUGACCAUAACAUGGCAGCAGCAGCAGCGGCGGCGUCCGCAGGUAUGCCCGUCCAGGUUCCAGCAACAGCUGUUGUCGGUGCCUGUGGUACGGAGAGUUCACUUCUCACACAGACAGCAGCAGCGCCGGUCAUGCAGUAUCAACAAGCUGCUACCGUGACCCAAUGCACCCCUGGUGGUGGAUCUGUAGCGUAUGCGUCUCCAAUGCACCCCGGGUCCACAGUUGUACCAACCGGCUACAUGCAAGCGCAUUCAGCCACCUCCGCCGCCAACGGCCAAGCAGCAGCAGCAGCAGCAGCAAUGGCUGCGACGGCAACAGCAGGUCCUGCAGUGUAUGCAGCCAUGUCGCUACAGGACGCAGCAGCUGCUGGUUACAUAGUGCCAGUGGUUGCUCCAGGUACAUCAUCAGCAGCAGCAGCACAGGGUCAGCAGUACAUUGCCUGUCAACAGCAGCAGCAGCAGCAGCAGCAGCAGCCUCACGGCGGCCAAGUACAGCCAGCAGCUGUAGAGUAUUAUACAGCCGCCAUGCCGGUGGAUGUAGUGGAUCAAACUGCUGCCUACCUACCAAUAUCAGCUGCAGGAGCAACGUCAGUGGCACAGCUGCAGCACAGCCAACAUAUAGCUGCGGUACCAAUGCCGAUGUCCGCAGUGCAGCAUUUGCACCAGGCUCAAGUGAUGCCGCAGGCUCAAGCAGCGCAGGCAAUACAUGCACUGCACGCCAUGCCCGCUAUGGUGCUCACUCAACCGGGCAUGUCUCUGCCCCCGCCACCUCCACCACCGGUGCUGCCACAGGCAUUUCCCGGCCCUGUUGCCGCCGGUGCGGGAUACUGCACAGCUGGCAUGGUGCCCGGCCUGCCGUGCCCCAUCUAACAAUACCCAUUCGUCCCUAGAGCGGUGAGUGACCGCUGACGUGAGUCACAGCCACAGGCACUGCUCACACAUCACUGGGGAUGAAUGAAACUUCAGAACGCUCUGAGGUUGUGGACAGCCUCUUGUACAGCAUGCUUGUCGUACUGACAGCACUAGCUGACAAGAUCAACAGUUACCUUUUCCACAACAGCGCACUUGUCACACAAGAGCACUACCUGACGAGACUUGUCACACAACCGCACCCCUACUGACAAGAUCAACGUCCCACUACAGCACCUGUUCGCAACCAAAACGCUACACAGCAGAAGUAGAAAAAAGGAACCGUCUCGCCAUCUGCUAUGAUCCCAUUGGAGUGUGCCUGUGUGCGUGUGUGUGUGUGUGUGUGUGUGUGUGUGUGUGUGUGUGUGUGUGUGUGUGUAUGUGUAUGCAUGUGCGCGUAAGGGUGUGCAUGUUCGCGUACGGGUGUGCAUGUUCGCGUAAGUGUGUGUAUGCGUGUGUGCAUCGCAGAGAGUUUGCAUGGCAAGGCAGUCGUGUGCGGGCAUGAUUUGACCUGUGCUGCCUGUGCGUUCAAACGCGUGCUUGUCUGCACUCGUGUAUGCGCAUGCUUGGGUGUGACGUGUGCUUGCAUGUGUGUGUAUGUGUGUGUGUGUGUGUCCGUGCGUGUGCAUGCAUGCAUGUGCAAGAGGGAGAUAGGAGCAUGUGGGCGCGCAUGUGUGUAGAUAUGUGUAUGCUUGUUUUAAUAGGUUUUUGUGUGUAUGUGUAUGUGUGUGCGUGCAACGCCGUGCAAACCGAAUGACCUGUGCCCAUGUCCGAAGCACCGAUGGAUAUUCAGUGUACAUUAUAUUCUUCUAGUCUUUGUCAUCUCGCUAUCUGACAGGCUCUAUAACCAACACGCGCUUAAUUUGACUUGUUCAGCGAACAUGUAAAUCAGAAUUUAUAUACAAGUUAUUUAUUACUGUGCUAUUACUGUGCUCCUAAAUAUAUUUAUGUUCUUCUACACAGUCUGUGGAAGAUUGUUCUUUUCCGAUGUGUUUGAUUUUUCAUGUAUUUUAGUCUCUGCCUCGACCAUAGUGACUUUGCACGUUGUAAACAA